AUGCGGAUGAAGGUGUAUAAUUUUGAAUAUAACGAACGAAAAAUUACAAUGGUGACCAGUUUGCAAAACUUAUUAUCAUUAUUUUUUCUCGUACACACGGAAUUUUUUAAGAGUAAUAAAAAUGUCAUUUUUUUGGACGUGUAAAGUUUUUCAGAUAGUGGAUGUUUAAAUUUUUUUCAGAUAGUCAAACAAUUCUAAAAUAUCUAACUAUGGUAAAGUCUACCCUGCGAGCAGAGGCUACAUUUUCACGGUGUGAGAUGGCGUGCGAAAAGUAGCUCCUUUUCGCACGCUAGUUCACAAUUCUGCUCACACCACAGGUAACCCAGGCUCUGUGAUAGUACCACAGUACGGUUCCAGUAAAAUUACAGUGUUUAUAUGGGGUAAAAAUAUCAUCCUAAAAUGUCUAGGAAAUACUAAAUAAAGAUCAAUAAAACUUACUCUGCAGUUAAUUGUUGUUGUCCUUAAUGCUCCAACGAAGUUUCGUGAUAAUUUGCAGUAAUUUGUUUAAAUUCACUCUAUCUACAAUAAUAAUAUACAAGGUAGGAAACACGAGGUGCCAUUUUCGCCGACAUGCUCUCAUUCAACACAACUUUUUCCACGAAAUUCGAACUCCAACGGAAAAUAAACAUGCCAGGAUCGUAGAAAUAGGAUAGCAGCAGAUAUAGAAACCAAUGAAGCUUUCCCAGAUAGAGAAACGAAUCCCACAGACUUUGACAAAGUCGAAGAAUAUAAUCCAAACAGACCGAGAAUACGCUCGCCGAAGCAGCCGGGCCAGAUCAACACGCGGCCAAGAAAAUGAGGCCUGGGCACUGUACAAAAAAAUUCCAUCCCAGGGGACCUGGGUUGACCUUUCUAGGGACCGAUACAUUAUUUGCCCAAAGCCACCCUCCCCUGCUGGAAAAAUACUUGAUAGAAGGCAAUUGUUCUUCCUAGCCGUACCACCCUGGCCUGUUAUAAAGAGAUUAUGUCCCUCUCGAACUAUAUUCAGCGCCUGGCGCUGGUCCUCAGAAAGUUUAUCAAACAUCAAUAGGGCAAGGUUAUAAGGGCAACGGAAAGAACAACGAAGGAGGAUUUACAAAACUUAAAACGAGCAAAAGAUAUAAGUGAAUUAUGGCUCUUACCGAGGCAUUUGUACAACAGGACCAAAUUCAAAGAGAGGUGUAUCACGAUGAUUCACAUAUUUAACCGAUAGAGCGUUCACUUGUAUUGACAAGAAGUCGGCGUGUUACUGCUGCAUUAAUCGCUAAAUAUGUUAAUCGCGCUAGUUCUUUGUUGAAAAUGGCACCUCGUGUUUCCUACCUUGUAUAUUAUUAUUGUAGAUAGAGUGAAUUUAAACAAAUUACUGCAAAUUAUCACGAAACUUCGUUGGAGCAAUAAGGACAACAACAAUUAACUGCAGAGUAAGUUUUAUUGAUCUUUAUUUAGUAUUUCCGAGACAUUUUAGGAUGAUAUUUUUACCCCAUAUAAACACUGUAAUUUUACUGGAACCGUACUGUGGUACUAUCACAGAGCCUGGGUUACCUGUGCUCACACCUCGAAAUAUAAUUGGAUUGGACGGACAUAGGAAGUGGCCUCGUUUUGAGAAUUAAGCCCGCGCUCCUUGCAACCUUGAUCUCGUGACGCCUGACACAAAACAAACAUUUGGGAUCACCGGCGAUCUCUUACAGCUGGGUUUUUAAUAGUUGUUCAUAAGACAUUUUUUACACAGACUAGUCAUGGACAAAUCCGUGUGUGAUGAUCAGACAACUCCUGAAUCUAAAAAUGAAGAGACUAAGAAAGAGUCAGGCCUAAAAAAGCGAUUAUGUGACGCCGGAAUUGUUCCUCCAAGUGGAUUUUUCAGUCAGGUUGCAACACGCGGACUUGUUGUUAUCUUGAUCUGGGCUGUUCUCUGGUCUAUUAUUGGCCAAGAUGCUUUACCAGGAGGAAACAUAUUCGGUAUAUUCAUUGUAAUCGUUUCUGCAAGUCUUUUGGGUUUUCUAGUGGGUAGAAUUCCGUAUCUGCACCUUCCCCCUCUGUUGGGCAUGCUUGUAGCUGGAUUCGUACUACGAAAUGUUCGUGGAAUCGACUUAGCCCGUCAUAUUGACAAACGUUGGUCUUCAACCUUACGAAGCAUGGCCUUGGUUGUUAUUCUUAUUCGCUCGGGACUUGGAUUAAACACAUCAGCAUUGAGAAAACUGAAGUUUACUCUUGUUCGAUUAGCAUUCCUUCCUUGUGUUUUAGAAGCAGUUAUUGCAGCAAUUCUUGUGCACCUACUAUUAGAGAUGAAGUGGCUUUGGGCAUUUCAGCUUGGGUAAGUUGCCACUUAGUUACCAUCAGUUAACCUUAGUAAAAACCGUAAAUCACCACAAAUAUACUCAAAAACUGUUUACCAUACAUUUGUUCAACAAUCUCAAUAUUUUUUUCCUUCAUCUUGUAACCUUUAUGCUUAAUAAAGUGCUCACACGAAAAGAAAAAUAGUAAUAAUUAUGCUGAUCACUCCUAGGUAUGGUGGCCCAGAAGGGUCACACAUACAAAUUAAAAAUGUUGCUGCAAGCUAAAAAUAGUACAUGCAAAUUAAAAGUUGUACAUGCAAAUUAAAUAUAGUACAUGCAAACUAAAAAUUGUGCUGCAAGUUGAAAAUAGAAAACAUAUCGAUGCAAAUUAAAAAUUAAAAGUCGUGCGCGCGCAGUAUGAGUGACGAGGACCUGGUCCGAGCCGUGCGACCUGGCCUUACAGCCGUCGGCCCAUUCAUGUUUGUAAUAUUUUUAGUUUGCAUGUACAAUUUUUAGUUUGCAUGUCCUAUUUUUAAUUUGCAGCAACAUUUUUAAUUUGCAGGUAAAAGUUUUAGUUUGCAGGAACAUUUUUAAUUUGCAUGUGUGACCCUUCUGGGCCACCGUACCUAGGGGUUACUAGCCUGCGAAUACAGCCAUUUCUCCUUUCUCCUUGCCAUUAAGGUCGUUUUGCCAGGAGGAACAUCUGCAACUCAGCGACAAAAAUUUCAUACUGAUGACAUAAAAUCUGUCCGGAAUCUGGUUAUAUUGUUUUACGUAUUGUUUAAAAAUGACAGAAAAAAAGACAAAAGGCAACAAAGGCCCAAUGUAAACGUAGUGAACCUGCUACAAAACAGUCAAUAUUCUUAGAAUAUAUUCUCCUUUAGAAAAAGCAUCUGAGUUUUGCUGUACGUGUAGCUCGUUCGCAGAAGAGCACAAAAUAUUACCAUAAUCAUUCAUCCAGGAGAAACAUAAAAUCAAAGAAAUUUACAUUUGGAACCCCAUGACUGGCCCAUGAAAGGCUGUAUUCGCAGGCUAAGGGAUUUCAGGAUUAGGAAAAUAUGUAUACUUAUUAUACCACAUGAUUACUCCCACCUCCUCCCUCCACGCUUUCUUUUUUACUACAAUUAUAUUAAAGACGUGUCUAACACCAAAGUUCACAUCUGCCGAACCCUACACAGUAUGCUUAUGAGUUAGAACAAUAGAUUUUUGCUUUAGCGUUGGGUUUGGCACUUGGGAACUUCAAUGCUAACGUAGGCCUUAAAAACCAAAGUUCAAUGAUAGCCAUACCCUCUACGGGGCUCACAUAUCACCCCCCUUAUAGGCCCUUAAAUUUCAGAAUAACAGAUCAUGCUUUAAAAUUCAUUUAAAAUUAUCAAUGAAGUUAGCAAUGGAAACUUUAAAUUCUGUUAUUUAUGUAAUGAUCAUUCAAUCCAGAUUUCCAAUUGCUUAAUAUGGGUAUGAAUAAUGUUACCAGCAGAAAGAUUGACACACUACCUUGAUGCCUUGAUUUUAUACAGAAUUUGGAUUCCUUGAAAAACAGGAAUUGCGUCCAAUGUUUGAAAGUAAAAGUUAUUCUAUUAUUGGUCUUAAAAGGGAUGAACUCCUACUCAGUCAGUCUGGAUUUUUUUUUUCACCUCCAGAAUGAUGGUGGCCUCAUUAUUGUCAUUUGAAAUUUUUGUACAUAACUAAAUUCAUGUAAGAAAGGAUCAUUGUCCGCAGGGAACUGCUAGAAGUGAAAGAUCAGCAUUUAGAGGAAAAUUUAUUUAUGUUAAAUAACAUCACUAUUAAUUUUAAAAAAUAUUUGAUUAUAUAUAAUGGUUUAGAUUUGUCCAAGCUGCUGUUUCCCUUGCUGUUGUAAUACCUUGUUUGCUGGACCUUCAAGGGCAACAUUAUGGAGUCAAAAAGGGAAUACCGACACUUGUUAUGGCAGCUGCUUCAUUUGAUAAUGUUCUUUGUAUUAGUGCCUUUGGAGUGUGCCUGGGAAUAGCAUUUGAUUCAGGUAAAACAAAGUUGGAGUACAGUAAAGAGUUCAUGCUUGCUUAACCCAUCCAGAUUAUGCAGUAGUCUCCCAUUUAUAUGGCACCAAUCUUUGGUUGUCUCAAACGGGUCACCAGAUCUCCCAGAUUAGGUUGACUUAAAUUUGAACUUUUUUCUGGUUUAAUAAUUUGGAAAUAAGCCCAUGUUGUCCAAAAUUUGAUUUUUUUAUUUAGUGUUUGGUUUUAAGGCAUGUAUUUCAUCACUAACAAAGAUUUAAGGCACACCAAUGUUUUGGAUUAGGUCUAUUUGUGUAUGUAUUGAGGGAAAGGGGGAGAGUGGGGGGUUCUGCCAUUAAUAUUUGUGAGGCGUAAAUGCAAAAGAGAGUCAGAGUCUCAAGAUUUUUUAUCUCCAGAAGUUAGCAUCUCUGCAUUGAAUGUUUUUUACUUGAGUCUAGAUCAUGUGCUAGGUAAAUAACAUUGAUAUAAUAAAAAAAAAUUAACUGAACGGAUACUUAACAAAAGAGAGUCUAUUUCUUGAACAAAUAAUGCAGUUCUGAGGGUUUUAAAGUUGUGUCUCAUUUUAGGUAACUUGAUAUUCAGCAUAUUUCGAGGACCAAUUGAGCUGGCACUUGGUAUCACUGUUGGGUCUAUCGCCGGUGUGAUGUGUUGGUUUUUCCCCAAUAAAAACCAGGUAAUUAAUUUUAGUCUCUAUACCCAUUCAAGAGGAGAAUAAAAAGACAGGAGGGAAUCUUAGGGUGUUGUCUGGGAUAUACAAAUUUUAUAAAAGUCAUUUUUAGUGGAGCAACAUGGGUAAGAAAAUUUUGUUAUCUAUGCAUCCAAGAAAUUUUGUUUCUGAUAAAAUCGUACGUCCACCCCUUCAUGUAAACCGGGUUGAAAUUUCACAUUUCAAGCACCUGCACGUUUGGGCGAUUUUUGCAAUUUAUGUCAUUAAGGGUGUAAACAGCCAUAGCUGAUGUCAAGAAAAGAAAUUGCUAAAGACUUUCUUUAUGAUACUAUUUUUAUAACAUACAUGUAGCCAGAAUAGUCAGCUCAUUAAAUUCAAUGGCGUGAGUGCACAUGUUCCAUUGUGCACUCUCACCCACAAGAGCCACAAAAACAAGAUGAACCACGGACACCAGAAGAGGCAUAACAAACAUGAAAACUAACCAUGGGAACCGCAAGAACCAGAAGAACCAUGGAAACCACGAGAACUUAACAACAGGAAUAAAAAGAAUUACAAAACCCACAUGAACCAGAAAAAUCACGAGAAUCAGUAAAUCAGUAUACUCAACUAGUCCGUCAUCAAAAAUCCUGCCCUUUUGAUCACCAAAAGUGCUCUGGUGUUUAAGACUGAAAGCCUUCUUCAUCAGCCAAUUAUUAUGAAGCACUUUUGUCUUCUGCAUUAUUCUAAUGGAUUAUCUGAUUUUUACGACUGUAUGUUUUUUUCACUUUGUCCUUAGGCUAAUGUAUCACACAACAGAUUUGUGAUUUUACUGUCGUUUUCAUUACUCUCAGUAUUUGGUAGCAAUGUGGCCAAGUUUUCUGGUGCUGGGGCUUUAGGAGUGCUUACCAUGUCAACUGUAGCAGCAUAUGGCUGGUCACCAAGUGGGAAGGUACACACUGUAAUUGUCUUGUUUUUCUCAUUGAUUUCUUUCAAUCUCAUAGUCAAGGUGGGUUUCGGUGUUCAUGUAAGUGGAAGUGGAAGUGUAAAUACCGUAUUUCAUCAAAUAAAAGCCGGGGGCGAUUAUUUGAGGAGGCAAUUAUUUUAACAUUACUCACUAGCGGUCGUGCCCUUAAUGUUUUCUUUUUUUUUUCCAUUAAAUCAAAAUAUGAUCACAUCAAAUGAAUUGAACAUGGAUUUGUUUAGUGCUCCAAAUUUGGUUCCUUGAUUAAUUUUCAAUGUCAAUAUCCUCAGCAUCAGAGCUUGAAUCAUCACAGAUGAGUUUUGCAGUAUCAGACUCCACUUCAACUUGACAGGGAGGGGAUAAAAGAAAGAGAAGAUGGCAAAAAGGGUUAGGGGGCGGUUGUUCGAAGGAGGCGAUUAUUUUAAAUAUUUCUGUCAAAGGGGGGAGGGGGGUGAUUAUUCUAGGGAGGUGAUUAAUCAAGGGGCGACCAUUAUUCGAGGAAAUACAGUAUAAUAAUAUUGCUUUAUUAAGUUUUACACGUUCAUAUUUUUCCUGGGCCUAAUGUCUCGCCUAAUGUGGUCAACAACAUGCUUAACCUACCCCACCAAUGACCCCCCUGGUCCGGUUUACCUUGAAGCCCUCCAGGUUAAGUUGCUUUCUAAGCUUUGUUACUUGACCAUAGGCUUUUAAGUUUGUUAACACUCAAUGAUAACAUUACAAAUAAAAAAGAAUAAAAGAACCGGUCAUAAACACUGAGACACUUUCCUUCCUGAAAACCCUGUCAUUAGAAUAUUGUAUUCUCAUGGCCCCACACUGGCGGUCACAGUCGGGUUCUACAUUUUGCUACCGCUAUGCUGACUCGAUCCAUAAAAUCAAAAAAUAUAUGCAAGAUAUGAGGACUUGCUUGGUCGCAUUACUUUUAUUACAGUUGAAUCGAUAUAACAGUUUGUAGCUUUCUUUUAAAAGGGAACAAAUUUUGUACCCUUUUUUUUAAUUUCUAAAGGCAAGAAAUUCCAGAGAAUACAGCUACACGUUUUGCANUUUUUUUUUUUUUUUUUUUUUUUUUUUUUUUUUUUUUUUUUUUUUUGGGGGGGGGGGGGGACGGAUUAAGGUGGUGUAUAGAAAGAGAUUCAACAAAUGACGAAAGAAUUUCCGUUAAGCUGCGUAGCACUUUGAAAAAAUAGAAGUAACAAAAAUGUUCAUUAAAAAGAAUAAAUAAAUCAUGAACAAAAAGUGCCGUGUUUAGGUUGAAGUUAUCCUUUCCAAACGUUUCGAGCCUGUCCCUUCAUCAGUAGAAUUACCAGUCCGUUGAAUCCGUUGCAAGGUUUAUGUACGCCAUAAAUUAGAGAUAAAAAUUAAAGGCUUUGUGGUGCACGCGCGGCUCUACGCGCGGCCUAGAGGAAACGGAAGUCGGAGUUUAAACCGCGCGGCUGACUGGUGCCAAGUUGAAAUAUCAGUCGCAUUUCCAGGCGCUUUCGUUGCGCGUUGAAAGAGAUUCUAGAAUUAUAUGUGAACUGUCGAGCCGGAGCACUUUGCGCCACGAAAAGAUUCAAUCACGUGCUUAAAAAUUGUUGCUUCCGGGCCGACAUCAAUUCUACGGAGUCUCCAAGGAGACAGGCGCUCGAAACUCAACUUCCGUUGUCUACUCACUCUUGAUAAUUUUGUUUUCUUUUUCCUUAAGGUAUGGGCAUUGCAAGUUUAGUCAUUAGUUUGACCAUUCGACUCAUCGCCACCUAUCUUGGUUUACUCGGAAAUGACCUCAACUUGAAAGAGAGACUCUUUAUUGCCAUAGCGUGGCUACCAAAAGCUACUGUGCAGGUAUUAUAUUACGAAUAAUAAAGUUAGUAACGUGUACUUGCUCGGGAAAUGCGUCAUAUUGCGACUUAAUUCUUCGACAACCACAAUUUAUCAAAUAUUUUAGUUAGUAGCAAAACGGUUUUGUUUUUUUGCUAUGCUUUAUGUUGUUGUUGUUUUUCUUUGCUUGUUUUUGAGGGAUUAUUUAACAACUUCGUUUUCAUAGUGAGGCUGCAUGUAAAUCUUGUAAUUCCACACACAAACGUAAGAGAGUGAGUCCCCUUAGUUUAUUUAUUGUAACAACAGGACGGGAUGCACAAUGGUUCUUUUUGCAAUAAAAUUGAAAUUUGGUGCAAAAUUUGCACGUCAUUUUUUCCAGCAAUGCAAAAAUUUCAAGAUCUGAAGAAAGGUGAUGAUUAUUACACUGGAAAAUAAUUUCAAGGCAAUUGCAUUAACAAGAUAUUUAAAUUUUAGUUUCCCACAAUUUUAUCGCUGAAAAUGUCUUUAGAGGGUGUUAUCCCUUGGAAGUCAACGAUCCCUGAACAAUAGGCUGCUGCGAAAGAUAAGGAAGGCGAUUUUUCUUCCGCCGUUGAUAUCCCUGCACCCUACAUCAAGGUUCCAUGGUCUGAGUAACCAGGCUGGCACCGUAUGGUUUUCUCGGCGAUCCUCAAGACCCGCUAUCAAAACGAGGCUCUUCAAUAAUUUCUCUUUGUAGAGGAAAAACGCUAACUACUUGUGGUUGCAAUUUCUAGUAAAAGCAGCUUUUUAAGCAAGAAUAUGUAGGUCGCUAAUUACUUUUACGCGAUCUUCCUCUUUAUUGUCUAUUUUGCCGUGAGAUUUUAAGCCGUUGUAAGCAAUUUAUUUCACGUUGGUUGAAAAAACCCAUGCGCAAGCUGGCAGCAUUAAUUCAGUUUUUGCCCAACAUUUGCCCAAUAUUCCUUUGAUCAUGUGCGAUCAUUCAUACAACCAAAUUCCUCCAACAUUUGUUGCACUUUUGAUAGAAAUUAGAGACCUUGAGGCAGGAGGACAACGGCUACUACGAGGACGAGAUAAUGUACUCUUAGUGACCAAUUGUUGUUUUGUUUUGUUACAUUACAGGCCGCCAUUGGCUCUGUAUCACUGGACCUUGCACGUCAAAAGGGUUUUACGGGGCAAAUAGAAGAAGACUUUGGAAUACAGGUGAACUUUACAGCAGCACUAUUUAGUAACUAAGUUUGCAGUUUAACAAACCUCGUAGGGUACACGCAGUUUUCAGUUGAGAUUUAUUCCUUUGGUAUUUAAUUGUUACGUUCUUCGAUGGAAUUUUAUCAGACCAAAUAAUCCUCUAGCCUUUGUGCAUUCUCGGAGACCCAGGGGCAGUCAGUCGGGUAGGGAGAAAAGGCGGGACGAAAGUUUUCAAGUAAGGGCGUAAGAGCCCCUGGGUACCGACUCUUAUCGAAUUAUUUCCAAAAAUUCAAGCGGAUGCCGGCUCCUGAUUGGACACAAAAAAUGCUUUGUAUUAUUGUACCCAUUCGGCGAACAGUUUCUCCUGAGUUCUUUUCGUGAGUUCGUACACGACCACUAUUGUCUCGCCACACUUGCCCGGUUCGUUCACCAAGCUUGUGUUUGCAAGGGAAACUUUUAUUUUCUACUUUCCUAACCGGAAACAAAGGAACUACCGAUGAGUCGAAAAAACGUUUGGGAUGCUAUCCGCAGGAGCAAUUGAAUUUACCCCGAGAAUAUUCUGUUUCUGACUGACCACAAUGUAUCCUAAAUAAUAGGAAGUUUAAGUUGGGGCGGCGACGAUAAAGUCAAAUAAGCAGUUAAGCUUGACAAGGCAAAACAACAAGUUUGCACGUGCAUCACGCGUUUUUGUACAUUUCUUUGCCGUCAACUGUACGACUACCUGUGAAAAUGCCUAAUUUCACGUUUUGCGGAGGACGUAAACAAGCAAUGACAAAAUUCAUUUUCCUCAUGAACUUGGAUAUGGUUGAUAGAAAUUCAGCUCCAGAAGAUUUCGCUUGCAUUUGACAAAGUAAGCUAGUUGGAAUAAUCACGAUAGAGACUGAAAAAAAAAGAAAUCAACUUUUUUAUGCGACGUUUUCGUGGCUGUCAGCCGUCUUGGUAUCUUUUAGAAACUCUCUAUAACUAUUUACGCAAGCCGUGGCCGAUGCAAGCGUGAAUACCUGUUGUAAGCUGAAGCUUGUAUUUUUGGAAAAGCGUCUUUAGUUUUCGGGCAGACAGUAUUUUGAAAUCAGAUGGGAAUUUUAUAUCAGACUGAAAGUUUCCUGAUUGCGUGCAUUUCUUUGGUGCAUGAGCCAGACAAGCCGUGAUCGAGACAAUAGCCGUCGUUUACGAACACACGAAAAGAACUCAGGAGAUGUGUGUUCGCCGAUUGGGCACAAUAAUACAAAGCAUUUUUUGUGCCCAAUCAGGAGCCGGCAUCCGCUUGAAUUUUUGGAAAUGGUCCGGUGAGAGUCGGUACCCAGGGGCUCUUUCGCCCGUACUUGAAAACUUUCGUCUCGCCUUUUCUCCCGACCCGACUGACUGCCCCUGGGUCUCCGAGGAUGUAUUUAUCUGUGAUUCUCACCAAUUAUUAAUUAAUUCCGCUUGGCAGUGGCCGACUUAGUAGUAGUAGUAGUAAUAUUAUUUGUAAAUGGUUCAUUGUUUUAUAAUAGAUCUUGACUAUCGCCGUCCUUUCGAUACUCAUUACUUCACCCAUUGGAGCUAUAGGAAUCGUCUUAGCAGGUCCCAGAAUGCUUCAUCGCAGCCAUCCUGAAGAAGUUGAUAUGAAUCCGCUCACGGACGCUCCAGAACCUGCCACGAACAGAAAAGAUCAGAAAAAAGUGAUAGAAAGUAGUGUCUGA